GAAAGUCACAUGUCAUAACAUUGGAAAGUACAUAUGCGGCUAUUCUUAGCCUUGGAAUGUAUACACUGUCUGCCUGCCCGGCAGCCCUUGUACAGAGCUCUAGAAACUGUGAAAGUGCCUGCAGCAUAAACAAACCCAGAACUCUCCGAGGACAGAGAACUUGCCAACGGAAAGGCCCGGGCUUUAUGGUUUUAUUCCGAGCCUAAGGUAGAAAUCUUGAGAGGACAAGACAGACCCAGCAUCAGUGGAUGUCACUGCAGCAAAACAAGGAUGGAUGAGGAGUUACCAGAUGGGGUUGUCUUCAAAGACCACAGCUUCUCCUCUGACUUGUUAAGACAGCUCAAUGGCUUAAGACAAAGCAAGAUCCUGACUGAUGUGAGCAUCUGCUCCGGGGCCUGGGAGGUCCCUUGUCACCGCAGUGUGCUGGCCUCCAGCAGCCCCUACUUCAAGGCCAUGUUCUGCAGCCACUUCCGGGAGAGCAGAGAGGCCAAAGUGCAGAUGAAAGGCAUCAGUUCCACAACUCUGGAGCAGGUCAUUACGUAUGUGUAUACGGGAGAGGUUCAUAUCUCAGCUGCCAACGUCCUCCCACUGAUGGAGGCUGCUGCCAUGCUGCAGUAUCCCCGGGUGUUUGAGGCCUGCUCCUCAUACCUCCAGAGCCAGCUGGCCCCCAGCAAUUGCCUGGGCCUAGUCAGACUCGCAGAAAUCUUAAGCUGUGACAGCCUUAAGAAGAAAGCGAAGGAGGUGGCCCUGACUUACUUCCCAGAGGUGGCAGCAUCAGCUGACCUGAAGGAGCUCUGCGCCAUGGAGCUGAGGGACUACCUGGGAGAUGACAGGCUCUGUGGUGAGGAGGAAAAGGUGUUCGAGGCCCUCAUGGCUUGGGUGAAGCAUGACCUUCAAGCCCGGUGGAGGCACAUGCAGGAACUGCUGCAGCAGGUCCGCCUGCAGUACAUCCACCCAGCCUUCUUCCAUCACUUCAUUGCCAAUGACGCCCUCCUCCAGUCCUCGCCUGCUUGCCAGGCCAUCCUGGAGAUGGCCAGGAAACAGAUCUUCUCUUUGUAUGGUCCCAGUGCCCAGGAUUGUAAACUCCUAUGGCGCAUGCCCCCAAGGAGCUCCUACCAAGACUUCCUCCUCCUCCUUGGGGGACGGAAGGACAACCAGCAGACCACCAGGGAUGUCUUGCUCUACAGUGGACAGACUGGCCAGUGGCAGAGCCUAGCCAAGCUUCCCAUACGGUUGUACAAGGCCUCAGCUGUCACCUUGCACCGGAGCGUCUAUGUGCUCGGGGGCAUGACUGUCAGUGAGGGAAAGAGUCUCAUUAGCUGUGGUGUGUAUAUCUUUUCUCUGAAACUCAACCAGUGGAGGGUGGGGGAGCCCAUGCUGGCAGCCCGCUACUCCCACAGAAGCACCACCCACAGGAACUUCAUCUUCUCCAUUGGGGGUACUGGAGAAGGGCAGGAGCUUCUGGCCUCCAUGGAGAGGUAUGACAGCAUCCGUGACGUCUGGGAGAGCAUGGCUGGCAUGCCAGUGGCUGUGCUCCACCCUGCCGUAGCAGUGAAGGACCAAAGACUCUAUCUUUUUGGGGGUGAGGACAUCAUGCAGAACCCUGUACGCCUUAUCCAGGUAAUCUGUUUACCACAUUUCCAGGAACACCUGGUACAAAAUGGAGACAAGGAUGAUCAAGAAUGUGUGUGCCCCUGCAGUGGUACUGGGGGAACAGAUCGUCAUUGUAGGAGGUUACACAAGGAGGAUUCUUGCUUACGAUCCUCAGUCCAACAAAUUUGUCAAGUGUGCGGACAUGAAAGACCGAAGGAUGCACCAUGGGGCCACGGUGAUGGGGAACAAGCUGUACGUGACAGGUGGACGGCGGCUGACCACAGACUGUAACAUCGAGGACUCAGCUUCCUUUGACUGCUACGACCCAGAGACGGACACUUGGACAUCCCAGGGACAGCUACCUCACAAACUCUUUGACCAUGCCUGCCUGACCCUCCAGUGCAUACCCCACAUGACCAGCCUCUCUUGAGGGCCGCAGGAACUUAUCUCUGUCCAAAAGGCUGUGUGGUGGGAGAGACUGCAACCCAGCUCCAAAGGCAUGGAGCUGAGAGAAGUCAAAACUACCACUCUCUCCAGAGUACUCUUCUUAAAAUGCCAGUGAAUGCUUUUCAAAAAUUCCAUCCUUACCCCUUGAAUCAAUGUCAGAAACUGCACUAUUAUAACUGGAUAGGGAGUUAACUACUUGAUUGACAGCCCAAACUGCAUUAAAUGAGACAGAAGAGGUUCCUCAGAGGAUGAAAGAAUUCUGGACACAUACACAAACACACACACAAACAAACACACUUGCCCAGGUCACCCUUAACAUCCAGAAUGAGGCCUAGAGACCUUUGGAAUCACCCUUCAGGCCAGGUGACAGCAUGUGAAACCAGCAGUGACUGUUUCCAUACAGUCUAUGGAUACAGCACAUUGAAAGUAGGGUCAGUUCAGUAUCCACCUAGGGUUUGCAAAAUUAACCUGCAAUUCCCCAGAGCUUUUGUCCCCGCCGGCAAGAACACACUCAGGACAGCCGGAAUCUUCGGCCGCAAAGCUUUUAUUGCUUACUUAUCAGGAGGGAAGACCCCGAAAUGGGAAAAUGGAGCUGCUUAUGACUAGGCGUGAGUUCACUCUUGCACUUGCGCAUAAGGCUUGUUUACUAGUUAGGCACAGUGGAAGCCAGCGCCAUCUUAUAAUGGCGAUCGCUCACGGCACGCACGAGAUUGCUCGCGGCACGGCUCUCCACAUGCAAUGAAGAACCUAAGAACAAAACAAAGUUUGCUUCUGGUGCCUGUUUUCUUCCAGGCUCCGGAAACUUACAAAGCUGCAGAAUUAAACCAGAGCUUCAUUUCAGUAAGUGGUGUGAGAAUGACCUUUCUGGGGAAAGCCAACAGAGUCUCUCAGCAAGUCUCUGGACCUCAGGGCUGACCCUCCCUGUGUCCCUUUCACUUCCAAGCGCCCUUCAUACCCUGCUCAAUGGCAAGCCCAUGAAAAAGCUGAUGUGCUCAUCAGAGGUUCUCAGUGCUGCCCGAGUGACCUGAUCACAGGGAAGAUGUUUGGAAACAGCACUGAGCAGUCCCAUUCAAGAUGAAUGCCCAGGGCUUCUCUGAAGUGAGGUCCACAAUUCUAUACUUCUGGAAGGUAUCCUAGGCAGCCCUAGGUGAAGCCAUAGUGGAGUACUGCGGCCCGGUUCUACUGUGAUCACUGAAGACCACCAUGGCUACUUUCUUUCACAUCCUAUCCUGGCCAAUACUAGGCAAUCUUGGUAUUGUAAGUAAAGUCAUUUCCCAUCCAUGAAAGCAUCUGGAAUAAGUUCUGCUGUUCCGUGCCUGGUUCUAGAGUGCCCACACACUGGGGUCACUCUUCCUGUUCAGUGUUGCAAUGGUUUCUCCUCCUUUCUUCCUGCUUUCCCUCCUUAUCACCUCAGGUUUGCUCUAUGAGGCAAUAUACUCCGCCUGCCCCAUUGUCACCACCCUGCAGCCUACAUGCUGCCCCCUUCUCUAACCCUCUCCCCUUUUCUGAGACAGAGUUUCAUGCAGCCUAGGUUGACCUCAAACAUUAUGUAGCUGUCCUUGACCUUUUAUUCCUCUUGCCUCCACCGCCUGAGUUGUGGGAUUACAGGUAUGUACCACCAUUCCUGGUUUAUGCUUCAGUAGAGAUCAAACUGAAGGCAUUAUGAAUGCAAGACAAGGAUUCUAUCAACAAAACUACACUCCUAGGUCUAAUCCAUUCUCUUUGAAGUCUCUCUAGUGAGGCUCUUGGUCCUAUUUCUCCUUGAAUAUUAACUUGGAAAGGUACCCAGUAAGCCAAGCACUGCCCAGACAGACCAGUUUCGUUCGUUCGUUGCCCACACUGACCAACCACACAGUACACCACUGCCUACCUUAACUUCCUUCCUUUCCCCACUUCCGUGACACCUCUUGCUCUGGCUUCUCUUCACUCUGACUCAGUUUUGUCUCCUCAUUUUCAUGACUUAGACUAAAUGGGGAUAUACUUGAAAUCUCAAUUCUUGGGCCAUUUCUUUUUCAUCUCCCCGGAUGGGUAAAUUCAUAAAAAAAAAAAAGCAUGUAAUUGUAUAUUACUCCUCUUCUGACUCAGCCGGUGUACCAGGCAUGCACAUAAUGCUGAUAUGUGCAGAUAAAA